CUUUGUAGACUCAACAUGAAAGUGCUUAUUGUUUUCGCCUUGGCUUUGGCCUAUGCCUCCGGAUCGGCUCUGCGUAGCCAGAUUGAACCUCGUGAGGUGCUGGUUCCCGUACAGGAAGGACCCAGUGGACGCAUCACCCAUGGCGAGGAUGCUCACACCGAUCAAUUCCCCUACCAAGUUGGUCUAUCCCUAAAGAUUGGCUCCUCUUCGGCCUGGUGCGGCGGCUCCCUCAUUGGUCACGAAUGGGUUUUGACUGCUGCUCACUGCACUGAUGGUGUUGACUCCGUUGAGGUUUCUCUAGGCAGCACUGUGCGUUCCAGCCCCAAGGUUAAGCACCAUGUUACCAAGGAUGACAUCAUCAUCCACUCCGACUGGGACAGCAAGAACCUGAAAAACGACAUUUCUCUGAUCCGCAUUCCCCAUGUGGAGUACAACAGCGCCAUUCACUCCGUUGAGUUGCCCAAACUGGAGUCUCACUAUUCCACCUACACCGGUGAUGAGGUCAUUGCCUCCGGCUGGGGCCGCACUUCGGACUCUUCCAGCUCGGUUGCCGCUCACCUCCAGUACGCCCACAUGCACAUCAUCUCGAACACCGCCUGCAAACGCACCUUCUUGACCCUCAUCCGUGACUCCAACAUCUGUGUGUCGACUUCCGCUGGUGUGUCCACCUGCAACGGUGACUCUGGUGGCCCAUUGGUCCUCGAAAGCGACAAGAUCCAAAUCGGUCUGACCUCGUUCGGCUCAUCUGCUGGCUGCGAGAAGGAAUACCCAGCUGUCUUCACCCGUGUUACCAGCUACUUGGAUUGGAUCAAGGACCACACUGGCAUCUACUAUUAAAUGAAUGAAUAUUUGAAAUAAAAAAUGAAAUGAAUGAAAAAUAAA